AUGGCGCUUUUAUGGAAGAAGAAUAAUACGGUGAGGCUUUUAACUUACUCGCAGAGUCAUAUUGAUGUGGAAGUAAGCUUGUUUAAUAAGUUAUGGCGCAUGACAUGUAUCUAUGGUAUCCCUGAGCGUGGUAGGCGGGAGGAGACAUGGGAUUUGCUUGGUACUCUGAAGACUAGAUCCUUAUUGCCCUGGGUGGUGAUAGGAGACUUUAGUAAUCUGCUAUAUCAGCACGAGAAGAAGGGGGGAAAUCCGUAUCCUAAUAGUCUGUUACGGGGUUUCGGAGAUGCUGUGGAUGACUGUGGUUUGAUGCAAAUGCCAAUGAGAGGCCACCAGUUUACGUGGCAGAAGGGAAAGGGGACGCCGAAUUGGAUAGAGGAAAGGUUGGAUAAGGCUUUAAUAAUGAAUGAUUGGGGUCUGCUCAAUGAGAAUGCAUGGUUUGAGAAUAUUCGAACCCGGGCCUCGGACCACUCGAUCCUUUUCCUCAGUAGUAGAAACAGCCUGGCAGGAGGGGAAGACGGAGGGAUUGCUGCAUUGCCAGCAGUUGUGUGGAGAAAAAUUAAUGCGGUGGGGGGAGACCAGUUUCAUAAAUUCGGGAAACGAAUUAACCAGCUACAGCAAAGGCAGGAUGCCAUACAAAAUAGGCGAGAUUUGGUAGCGCUAGCUGAGUACCAACAGAUUGAGAAUUCCCUGAAACGAAUCGAGGCCCAGGAGGAUGUGUUCUGGAGGCAGCGAGCUAAGCAGCACGGGCUACGCGGGGCUGAUGCGAAUACAAAAUUUUAUCACAGUGGAUUGAGUUGUGAUGAUCCACUUUUUGGGGUCCUAGCCCCACGAGUAACGUUAGAACAGAAUGUGAUGCUUAACCGCCCUUUUGAAAAUAAUGAGGUUAAAGAGGCUCUCUUUGCAAUGUAUCCGGAUAAGGCACCUGGUCCGGAUGGGUUAAACCCGGGUUUUUACCAGCAGUUUUGGGAGAUAGUGGGAGGAGAUGUAUCUGGCUUUAUAACGAAUGCUUUGAAUUCCUGUGUAUUCCCCGAGGGAUUGAAUGAUACUAACAUUGUUUUGAUACCGAAGAAAGAGAUGCCUGAGACAGUUGCAGAUUUAAGGCCGAUUGCGUUAAGUAAUGUCAUUUACAGAGUUAUGGCCAAGAUGAUAGCAAAUAGGAUGAAAACACUAAUGGGAGGAUUAAUAUCAGAAUCCCAGAGUGCUUUUAUCCCGGGAAGGCUAAUCACUGACAACAUUCUAGUAGUAGCAGAGGUGGGGCAUUAUCUGAAUAGAAAGCAGUGUGGUAGAGUGGGGUGGAGUGCUUUGAAGUUAGAUAUGUCAAAAGCCUAUGACAGAAUGUAG